GGUGUCUAUACUUUGCAGGAUUUGAGGGCAUAUGGGAAAGAGAAAUGAUGGUGUCCUUACUUUUUAGCAAGACACAUGGUGCAGUUUGCGAAUGUGGUCGUUUAUAGUUAUCAGUACCUUCUUGAUCCUAAGGUCGCUGGAAUCUUUGGAGAGAUGUAGAGAGAAUCAGUUGUGGUUUUUGAAGGAGUUAAUAGUAGGUGUCUUACAUGUAAUUAGUUGAUUUUGAUAACAAACUUUCAUGAUUGGAUGUUUUUCCUUGUUGAAGGAUGGAGUUCGUACUUUUGAUAAUUUUCUAUGCGAUGGUUUGAUAGAGUAUCUUGAUGUCAAUGAGGAGAACAAUGCACAAUAUGAUACAGGUAGCUGAAACUUCACGUGCAGAGUCGCUGCCAGCUGAAAUGCAAUUUGAACAAACUGAUGCUAUUGUGAGGGAUGUUGAAGCAGUGAGCCAAGAAAGUAGUGGCAGUGGUGCUACACUAGGAGAGAGUCUUAGGAGUCUGGAUGUUGAAAUUGGAAGUUCUGAUGGGCACGAUGAUGCUGGUGAAAGGCAAGGUCAUGCUGAUCCACGGUCUAGAAGAAUGAAUGCAUCAUUUGGAGGUUCUGCUCCUGUAAGGGGAGGAGAUGCACCAAUAAAUAAUGUUACUGAAGUUGCUGCAAAUCCUGAUCUUGUAGCUGGUCAAAGCGGACAUGCCCAGGAGCAGCAGGUGAAUGCGGAUGGUGAUUCUGGAUCAAUUGACCCUGCAUUCUUAGAUGCUCUUCCAGAUGAGUUGCGUGCUGAAGUAAUUUCUGCUCAACAGGGUCAAGCGGCACAGCCUACUGCUAGUUUAGAAACCCAAAACAAUGGCGAUAUUGAUCCGGAGUUUCUUGCAGCUCUUCCACCUGACAUCCGAGAAGAAGUUCUUGCUCAACAACGUGUCCAAAGGCUGCAUCAAUCACAAGAGCUGGAAGGUCAACCCGUUGAAAUGGAUACUGUCUCCAUCAUAGCCACCUUCCCUUCAGAGCUUACUAGAGUCAUGUGAUGUAUUCUCGUCCUCAGUCCUUCGAUGGUGUACCUCCUUUGGUAUCCCGACGUGUUCUGGAGACUCUAACGUAUUUGGCUCGCAAUCACCCUUAUGUUGCCAACAUUUUGCUUCAGUUCAAGCUACCCGCACCACUUUC